CUCAACAGAAGUCUCAGUCGUUUUUAGUACAUGCAUUCAUAAACUUUCACAACAACCGAAGACCUCAGAAAUUUAACAGUAAUUUUAGUUUGGACAGAUCUAUUUCUGGCGGCUUGAAUGACAAAUCAAAUGUCUUGAUUUGACUCGAAUAAGGAGCGGUUUCGGUUUGUAUAAUUUUACGCAUUUCUAAGAACUAGAAACGACUAUUUCCUUCAAUAUGUCAGCUUCGUGGAAGUCUAGUUUAGACCUGGGGAGUAUUCCAUUGAGAGCGCUGAAUAUCAACGUGAGAAAAAGAUUGGGACUGUUUUUAAAUCCGAGAAACACUGUGGCAUCAGACUGGAUGUCUGUCGCAGAGAACAUGGGCUUCUCUUAUUUAGAGAUCAAGAAUUACGAGGAUUGCCAGGACCCGACACGGAAGAUUCUAGAGGACUGGCAAUCACGUUGUCCCGGAGCUAAAGUUGGAAAGUUAGUUUCAAUUCUGGAUAACGUGGACAGAAAAGAUGUUGUGGAGGAUCUUCGAGAUCUCAUUGGUAGGUGAACUGUCAACUCUGCUUUUUAUUGAUAAAUAAUAUGACAUGUAAUCAUCUAUAAAUUAUGAGUGAAACCUGUAUUUUGUAUUCUGAAAUGUGUUAUUACAGACAUGUUAUACAUUAAUUACAAAGUAACCUUUAGUUGAAGUGUCAUUAAUUAUGAUGACCUAAUAUUGAAAUAAUUGCUGAGAAACUUGACCCGUUUGUGUGUGUGUGAAUGUCUCUGUGUGUGUGUGUGUGUGUGUGUGUGUGUGUUUGUUUGUGGGCGUGCGUGCGCGCUUAUGUGUGUAUUUCUGGGUAUGUCUGGGUGUAUGCACAUCUCUGUGUGCAUAGAGGAGGACUGUAGGAGGUACAUAGAGAGACAGAAUGAGCCCCCAGUCCAGGUGCCUGAGGUGGACAGCUGUGUCCCCAGAACCCCAGAGCGACAAGGCAUCACCCUGGAGGAUGACCCACAAGGUAAUAUAAUGCAAAUAAUGUCACACCUGAUAGGUCUGCAGAACACUGUUAUCCAAUAAUAACACUAGUGUUACAUACUGUUGGUCUGUAGAACACUGUUAUCCAAUAAUAACACUAGUGUUACAUACUGUUGGUCUGUAGAACACUGUUAUCCAAUAAUAACACUAGUGUUACAUACUGUUGGUCUGUAGUACACUGUUAUCCAAUAAUAACACUAGUGUUACAUACUGUUGGUCUGUAGAACACUGUUAUCCAAUAAUAACACUAGUGUUACAUACUGUUGGUCUGUAGAACACUGUUAUCCAAUAAUAACACUAGUGUUACAUACUGUUGGUCUGUAGUACACUGUUAUCCAAUAAUAACACUAGUGUUACAUACUGUUGGUCUGUAGUACAAUGUUAUCUAAUAAUAACACUAGUGUUACAUACUGUUGGUCUGUAGUACAAUGUUAUCUAAUAAUAACACUAGUGUUACAUACUGUUGGUCUGUAGUACAAUGUUAUCUAAUAAUAACACUAGUGUUACAUACUGUUGGUCUGUAGAACACUGUUAUCCAAUAAUAACACUAGUGUUACAUUCUGUAGAACACUGUUAUCCAAUAAUAACACUAGUGUUACAUACUGUUGGUCUGUAGAACACUGUUAUCCAAUAAUAACACUAGUGUUACAUACUGUUGGUCUGUAGAACACUGUUAUCCAAUAAUAACACUAGUGUUACAUACUGUUGGUCUGUAGUACACUGUUAUCCAAUAAUAACACUAGUGUUACAUACUGUUGGUCUGUAGUACAAUGUUAUCUAAUAAUAACACUAGUGUUACAUACUGUUGGUCUGUAGUACAAUGUUAUCUAAUAAUAACACUAGUGUUACAUACUGUUGGUCUGUAGUACAAUGUUAUCUAAUAAUAACACUAGUGUUACAUACUGUUGGUCUGUAGUACACUGUUAUCAAUAAUAACACUAGUGUUACAUACUGUUGGUCUGUAGAACACUGUUAUCCAAUAAUAACACUAGUGUUACAUACUGUUGGUCUGUAGAACACUGUUAUCCAAUAAUAACACUAGUGUUACAUACUGUUGGUCUGUAGAACACUGUUAUCCAAUAAUAACACUAGUGUUACAUACUGUUGGUCUGUAGAACACUGUUAUCCAAUAAUAACACUAGUGUUACAUACUGUUGGUCUGUAGAACACUGUUAUCCAAUAAUAACACUAGUUGUUACAUACUGUUGGUCUGUAGAACAUGUUAUCCAAUAAUAACACUAGUGUUACAUACUGUUGGUCUGUAGAACACUGUUAUCCAAUAAUAACACUAGUGUUACAUACUGUUGGUCUGUAGACACUGUUAUCCAAUAAUAACACUAGUGUUACAUACUGUUGGUCUGUAGUACAACUGUUAUCCAAUAAUAACACUAGUGUUACAUACUGUUGGUCUGUAGUACAAUUAUUAUAUAACACUGUGUACUACUUUGGUCUCAACUGUUACUGACUAUACCAUGUCAUACUUGUCUGUACAUGUACUCCAAUAUAACACUGUGUUACAUACUUGUCUGUGAACACUGUUAUCCAAUAAUAACACUAGUGUUACAUACUGUUGGUCUGUGUACCCUGUUAUCCAUAAUAACCACUAGUGUUACAUACUGUUGGUCUGAUAGAUCUAUUUAUUUGCAAUGUACACACGUCCAUCGAAUCUGUUGACUUCCAUCAUUGCAUACCCCUCUAAAGGCUCCUCUGUCUCCUGAUGUUGAGUCCCCUCUCUCCUCUCUUCCUGAUGUUGAGUCCCCUCUCUCCUCUCUCUCUUCUGAUGUUGAGUCCCUCUCCUCUCCUCUGUCUCCUGAUGUUGAGUCCCCUCUCCUCCUCUGUCUCCUGAUGUUGAGUCCCCUCUCUCCUCUGUCUCCUGAUGUUGAGUCCCCUCUCUCCUCUCUCUCCUGAUGUUGAGUCCCCUCUCUCCUCUCUCUCCUGAUGUUGAGUCCCCUCUCUCCUCUCUCCUCUGUCUCCUGAUGUUGAGUCCCCUCUCUCCUCUGUCUCCUGAUGUUGAGUCCCCCCUCUCCUCUGUCUCCUGAUGUUGAGUCUCCUCUCUCCUCUGUCUCCUGAUGUUGAGUCCCCUCUCUCCUCUGUCUCCUGAUGUUGAGUCCCCCCUCUCCUCUGUCUCCUGAUGUUGAGUCCCCUCUCUCCUCUCUCCUCUGUCUCCUGAUGUUGAGUCUCCUCUCUCCUCUGUCUCCUGAUGUUUGAGUCCCCUCUCUCCUCUGUCUCCUGAUGUUGAGUCCCCUCUCUCCUCUGUCUCCUGAUGUUGAGUCUCCUCUCUCCUCUGUCUCCUGAGUUGAGUCUCCUCUCUCCUCUGUCUCCUGAUGUUGAGUUACCCUCCUCUCCUCUGUCUCCUUGAUGUUGAGUCCCCUCUCUCCUCUCUCCUCUGUCUCCUGAUGUUGAGUCCCCUCUCUCCUCUGUCUCCUGAUGUUGAGUCCCCUCUCUCCUCUGUCUCCUGAUGUUGAGUCCCCCCUCUCCUCUGUCUCCUGAUGUUGAGUCCCCUCUCUCCUCUCUCCUCGUCUCCUGAUGUUGAGUCUCCUCUCUCCUCUGUCUCCUGAUGUUGAGUCCCCUCUCUCCUCUCUCUCCUGAUGUUGAGUCCCCUCUCUCCUCUGUCUCCUGAUGUUGAGUCCCCUCUCUCCUCUCUCUCCUGAUGUUGAGUCCCCUCUCUCCUCUGUCUCCUGAUGUUGAGUCCCCCCUCUCCUCUCUCUCCUGAUGUUGAGUCCCCUCUCUCCUCUCUCCUCUGUCUCCUGAUGUUGAGUCUCCUCUCUCCUCUGUCUCCUGAUGUUGAGUCCCCUCUCUCCUCUGUCUCCUGAUGUUGAGUCCCCCCUCUCCUCUGUCUCCUGAUGUUGAGUCCCCUCUCUCCUCUCUCCUCUGUCUCCUGAUGUUGAGUCCCCCUCUCUCCUCUGUCUCCUGAUGUUGAGUCCCCUCCUCCUCUCUCCUCUGUCUCCUGAUGUUGAUUUCUUCCCUCUCUCUCCUGCUCUCCUCUCUCUCCUGAUGUUGAGUCCCCUCUCUCCUCUCUCCUCUGUCUCCUGAUGUUGAGUCCCCUCUCUCCUCUCUCCUCUGUCUCCUGAUGUUGAGUCCCCUCUCUUCUCUCCUCUGUCUCCUGAUGUUGAGUCCCCUCUCUCCUCUGUCUCUGAUGUCCCUGAUUGUCUCCGAUCCUCCUCCUCUCCUCUGUCUCCUGAUGUUGAGUCUCCUCUCUCCUCUGUCUCCUGAUGUUGAUCCCUCUCUCCUCUCUCUCUUUCCUGAUGUUGAGUCCCCUCUCUCCUCUGUCUCCUGAUGUUGAGUCCCCUCCUCUCCUCCUCUCCUUGAUGUUGAGUCCCCUCUCUCCUCUGUCUCCUGAUGUUGAGUCCCCUCUCUCCUCUCUCUCCUGAUGUUGAGUCCCCUCUCUCCUCUCUCCUCGCUCUGAUGUUGAGUCCCUCUCUCCUCUGUCUCCUGAUGUUGAGUCCCCUCUCUCCUCUCUCUCCUGAUGUUGAGUCCCCUCUCUCCUCUGUCUCCUGAUGUUUGAGUCCCCUCCUCUCCCUCUCUCCCUGAUGUUGAGUCCCCCCCUCUCUCCUCUGUCUCCUGAUGUUGAGUCCCCUCUCUCCUCUCUCUCCUGAUGUUGAGUCCCCUCUCUCCUCUCUCCUCUGUCUCCUGAUGUUGAGUCUCCUCUCUCCUCUGUCUCCUGAUGUUGAGUCCCCUCUCUCCUCUGUCUCCUGAUGUUGAGUCCCCCUCUCUCCUCUGUCUCCUGAUGUUGAGUCCCCUCUCUCCUCUCUCUUCUGUCUCCUGAUGUUGAGUCCCCUCUCUCCUCUGUCUCCUGAUGUUGAGUCCCCUCUCUCCUCUCUCCUCUGUCUCCUGAUGUUGAGUCCCCUCUCUCCUCUCUCCUCUCUCUCCUGAUGUUGAGUCCCCUCUCUCCUCUCUCCUCUGUCUCCUAAUGUUGAGUCUCCUCUCUCCUCUGUCUCCUGAUGUUGAGUCUCCUCUCUCCUCUGUCUCCUGAUGUUGAGUCUCCUCUCUCCUCUCUCUCCUGAUGUUGAGUCUCCUCUCUCCUCUGUCUCCUGAUGUUGAGUCCCCCCUCUCCUCUCUCUCCUGAUGUUGAGUCCCUUCUCUCCUCUCUCCUCUGUCUCCUGAUGUUGAGUCCCCUCUCUCCUCUCUCCUCUGUCUCCUGAUGUUGAGUCCCUUCUCUCCUCUCUCCUCUGUCUCCUGAUGUUGAGUCUCCUCUCUCCUCUGUCUCCUGAUGUUGAGUCUCCUCUCUCCUCUGUCUCCUGAUGUUGAGUCUCCUCUCUCCUCUGUCUCCUGAUGUUGAGUCCCCCCUCUCCUCUGUCUCCUGAUGUUGAGUCUCCUCUCUCCUCUCUCUCCUCUCUCCAGGGGGUGUACCGGAGCUGUUUGAUGCCUUCAUCUGCUACUGUCUAAGUGACUUUGACUUUGUCCAUGAGAUGAUCCAGCAGUUGGAGCAGACGGACCACAAGUUGAAGCUGUGUGUGUUUGACCGGGACGUCCUGCCUGGAUCCUGUGUUUGGACCAUCACCAGCGAACUCAUCGAGAAGAGGCAAGUUGAGGCCCUGCUCCCUUUGGCAUCUUCAAGAUCCACAGCCACUUAUUGGCUGUGUUCUGUUUCUGUUAUAAUUGUUCAUACUCAUGUUUUCCGCAUUUUAUUAGCUCAAGCCAUGGGUUCUGCUAUGCUAAUGCCAUGGGUUCUGCUAUGCUAAUGCCAUGGGUUCUGCUAUGCUAAUGCCAUGGGUUCUGCUAUGCUAAUGCCAUGGGUUCUGCUAUGCUAAUGCCAUGGGUUCUGCUAUGCUAAUGCCAUGGGUUCUGCUAUGCUAAUGCCAUGGGUUCUGCUAUGCUAAUGCCAUGGGUUCUGCUAUGCUAAUGCCAUGGGUUCUGCUAUGCUAAUGCCAUGGGUUCUGCUAUGCUAAUGCCAUGGGUUCUGCUAUGCUAAUGCCAUGGGUUCUGCUAUGCUAAUGCCAUGGGUUCUGCUAUGCUAAUGCCAUGGGUUCUGCUAUGCUAAUGCCAUGGGUUCUGCUAUGCUAAUGCCAUGGGUUCUGCUAUGCUAAUGCCAUGGGUUCUGCUAUGCUAAUGCCAUGGGUUCUGCUAUGCUCAAGCCAUGGGUUCUGCUAUGCUAAUGCCAUGGGUUCUGCUAUGCUAAUGCCAUGGGUUCUGCUAUGCUAAUGCCAUGGGUUCUGCUAUGCUAAUGCCAUGGGUUCUGCUAUGCUAAUGCCAUGGGUUCUGCUAUGCUAAUGCCAUGGGUUCUGCUAUGCUAAUGCCAUGGGUUCUGCUAUGCAAAAACGUGCUGCAGCUAAUGUCUGGAUGUGUUUAUUGUUAUCUUGUAGGUGUUAGAGGAUGGUGGUUAUGACUGGAUCAAACUGUAUGUUGUUGAUCUGUAGGUGUUAGAGGAUGGUGGUCAUGACUGGAUCAAACUGUAUGUUGUUGAUCUGUAGGUGUUAGAGGAUGGUGGUUAUGACUGGAUCAAACUGUAUGUUGUUGAUCUGUAGGUGUAAGAGGAUGGUGGUGGUGAUAUCUGAUGAGUACCUGGACAGUGAUGCCUGUGACUUCCAGACCAAGUUCGCCCUCAGUCUCUGCCCUGGUAAGUCUCUGCCCUGGUAAGAGUCUGUCCUGGUAAGUCUCUGUCCUGGUAAGUCUCUGUCCUGGUAAGUCUCUGCCCUGGUAAGUCUCUGUCCUGGUAAGUCUCUGUCCUGGUAAGUCUCUGCCCUGGUAAGUCUCUGCCCUGGUAAGAGUCUGUCCUGGUAAGUCUCUGCCCUGGUAAGAGUCUGUCCUGGUAAGUCUCUGCCCUGGUAAGUCUCUGCCCUGGUAAGUCUCUGUCCUGGUAAGUCUAUCACUCAGUAACAUAUUGUUGCUCUGUAGGUGUUUUACAAUCUUGUGAUAGAUCAGAUCUGCUUCCACUGACUUUUCUGUGACCUAUUUCCAUUUCCUGUGGUAUUGGUUUUUCUCAUUUUACAUUUUACUCAUUUCGCAGACGCUCUUAUCCAGAGCGACUUACAUGUAGUGAGUGCAUAAAUUUUUCAUACUGGCCCCCCGUGGGAAUCGAACCCACAACCCUGGCGUUGCAAGCGCCAUGCUCUACCAACUGAGCUACAGGAGGCCUACAAAUGUCAUGAAUGUCAUGGCAGGUUGUUGUAGUGUUAUCUGUAGCUCCUUAAUGUCAUGGCAGGUUGUUGUAGUGUUAUCUGUAGCUCCUUAAUGUCAUGGCAGGUUGUUGUAGUGUUAUCUGUAGCUCCUUAAUGUCAUGGCAGGUUGUUGUAGUGUUAUCUGUAGCUCCUUAAUGUCAUGGCAGGUUGUUGUAGUGUUAUCUGUAGCUCCUUAAUGUCAUGGCAGGUUGUUGUAGUGUUAUCUGUAGCUCCUUAAUGUCAUGGCAGGUUGUUGUAGUGUUAUCUGUAGCUCAGUACCAUUUAGCAUCCAUCUCCUCUCUGAAACCCCUCCCAGGUGCGCGGAGCAAGCGGCUGAUCCCUGUGGUGUACCGGUCUAUGAAGAAACCUUUCCCCAGUAUCCUGAGGUUCCUGACUGUGUGCGACUACACACGACCCUGUACACAGUCCUGGUUCUGGGUCCGGCUGGCCAGGGCUCUCUCCCUGCCCUGA